AUGGUGCCCACGGCGCCCGGGGGUGCACCCGGCGGGGGUGCACCCGGGCCCGGAGCUCCCGGAGCUCCGGGGAUGCCCCCCAUGAUGGGGAUGCCGCCAAUGCCCGGCAUGAUGAUGGGAGCACCUCCAGCGACGGGAGGAGGGACAGAGCCGGCGAACGGCACCAGCCCGGCACCGGGAAUGCCGGGAAUGCCACCCGGAAUGCCGGGAAUGCCCGGCAUGAUGCCCGGUGGCAUGAACCCCAUGAUGAACCCGAUGAUGUUCAUGAUGAUGCAGCAGCAAAUGCAGCAGCAGAUGCAGCAACAAAUGCAGAAGAUGCAGAACAUGCGACAGGGACAGCUCGCGCAGACCAUGAUGUCGAAUGCGAUGAGCAGCCAGUCAGAGUCCAAGUCGGGGGUCAAGCUCCCGGAUGACGAUGAGACAAUCGAUCCCGAGAUACAGGAGCUUUGCGAAGCUUCCUUGCAUUGCUCGAAAGAUUACUUCAACAUCGAGGACAGAUGGAUCAAGCGGCUGAACGAGACUAUGAGGAAGAGGCAAGACACCAAGGCCGAAGACAUCGAGAAGCUAUAUGAGGUGCUCGAAAGAGCGAGAAGCCCCACCGGCUUACUGACGGUAAAGAUCGGUGAGAUGGAAAGCGGUCGCUUCAUCGGCAAAGUGAAGCCAGACAAAGAUGUGGAGCGACUAGCUCGAAAGUUCAGGCUGGAUGACCCUGUUGCCUCCAGGCUUACCGAGCUUACUCACCGGCGAAAGAAGGAGAACGAGAUUGACCGCAUGCACAAGGAUCUAACCACCAUCGAGCAGCAUCUAAAGUACUGCAAGCGUGCCAGUGCCAUGGCGACGCUGCUUGUUGGGAAGCUGUUGGAAGGAGAGAUUGAAGAGCUGCCGGACUUGUCGGAUGCUGAGAAGGUGAUGGAGAAGUAUCGCCUGGACGAUGAUGCAAAGUCUAAGCUGCGUGAAAUCAUCGAGAAGAGGGCGGAGGACAAGGACGAGGUCCUGGUGAAGAUCAAGAAGCACCUGGACAACUGCGCGAAUCCGUCGUCGAUGAUUUGCAAGAUCGCCAGGCCGCUGAUUGACAACGAGAAUUUGCCAGAUCCGCCCGACCGGCCGCAAAAGGGCGGCGAAAAGGGUGAGGGAAAGGGCGGCGGCAAGGGCAAGGACAAGGACCGAAUCCGGAUAAAGACUGUGACAGACACACAGAUCCUCACGGUAAGUGCUUCAGGACUUCAGAGGUUGACGGACGUUUGCACUCCAGAACUACGAUGUGUCAGAGUGCACGUCUCACAGGCCGUUGCGCCAGAAUCUCAACUAGACAGCGGGGUGUGA